CGCGUGGUUGCGCAGCGGCCUUGUGCUGUCCUGGGCUGCGUGGAGACUUCCCCUGUCCUCCCCUGCGUCACGGGCUUCCCCAGUGCCGUCACACUCGUGUGUGAUGUCAUCCCUGUCCUGUGAACGUGGCUCCAGGGGCGGCGCCAGGCCCCAGCUCCACUUCUAGGCCAAGGAAUACAGGAGGUGCCGUCGUCUCCAGCCUAAAACGCUGCUCGCAGAACCGCGCAGCCAUGGUUCUCGCUAGCGUGGGCAAGACGGUGCAACUGCAGAAAAAAACGGAGAACAUCAGGAACAUCUGUAUCCUGGCCCACGUGGACCAUGGUAAAACCACUCUAGCUGAUUGCCUGAUAUCUAGCAAUGGAAUUAUUUCUAGCCGCUUGGCAGGAAAGCUGAGAUAUCUAGACAGUAGAGCAGAUGAGCAGAUCCGAGGAAUUACUAUGAAAUCUAGCGCUAUUUCACUGCAUUUUGAGAAAGGUGAUCAGGAGUAUCUGAUUAAUCUAAUAGACUCCCCCGGUCAUGUGGAUUUCUCUUCAGAAGUAUCUACUGCUGUCCGACUCUGUGAUGGCUGUAUCAUAGUGGUGGAUGCUGUUGAAGGAGUCUGUCCACAGACUCAAGCAGUUCUGCGACAAGCAUGGCUAGAAAAUAUCCGUCCAGUCUUGGUGAUUAAUAAAAUUGAUCGCUUGAUAGUGGAACUGAAGUUCAGUCCCCAGGAAGCAUAUUCUCACCUUAAGAAUAUAUUGGAACAGGUUAAUGCUGUGACUGGAGCACUUUUUACUUCUAAAGUUUUGGAAGAAAGAGCUGAAAAAGAAACAGGAACUCAAAUAAUUUCAGAUUCUGUACCUGGAGACCAAGUUUAUGACUGGAGUGCUGGCUUAGAAGAUACUGAUGAUUCACAUCUUUACUUCUCACCAGACCAGGGGAAUGUGGUUUUUGCCAGUGCAAUAGAUGGCUGGGGUUUUGGCAUUGAACCUUUUGCGAAACUGUAUAGUCAAAAGAUUGGAAUCAAGCCUGCAGUACUUUUGAAGACCUUAUGGGGAGAUUAUUAUCUUAAUACAAAGGCAAAGAAGAUAAUGAAAGGUGACCAGUCAAAAGGAAAAAAACCUCUGUUUGUGCAAUUAGUUCUGGACAAUAUAUGGAGUCUAUAUGAAGCUGUUAUGAAAAGAGACAAAGAUAAAAUUGAUAAAAUAAUCACCUCCUUGGAACUGAAAAUUGGAGCCCGUGAAGCACGUCAUGUAGAUCCUAGAGUUCACCUCAAUGCCAUUUGCAGUCAGUGGCUACCCAUAUCUGAGGCUGUCCUCUCUAUGGUGUGUAAUAAACUGCCUAGUCCUCUUGAUAUUACUGCUGAGAGAGUAGAAAAAUUGAUGUCUGUUGGAGCUAGAACAUUUGAUUCCUUACCACCAGAAACACAAGAUCUGAAAAAUGCAUUUAUGAAGUGCAGCAGUGAAGAGACAGCCCCAGUCAUUGUCUUUGUUUCCAAAAUGUUUGCAGUUGAUUCUAAGGCACUACCACACAACAAACCAAGUCUUCACAGGCAAGGUCAGCUCCCAGAGUACUGCACCUGGAAACACAGUUUGAAGAGAAGGCCUUUAACACAGGAAGAAAUUGCUCAAAGGCGGGAGCUUGCAAGACAAAGGCAUGCAGAAAAAUUGGCAGCUAUUCAAAGCCAAGAGCUACCAGAAAAGGCCCUUUGUGGAAACGCACCUGAAACAACUGGGAAGACGGGUGAGACAAAAGGUGAUGAGCAGCAGCUGACCAGUCAAAUAGAGGUCAUGACUCUGAAAACUGUGAAACAGGAAGCAGACAACAAGGAGUCUUUCAUUGCCUUUGCUAGAGUGUUCAGUGGUGUGGUGCGAAAAGGGCAAAAGAUCUUUGUACUGGGACCAAAAUAUGAUCCUUCCGAAUCUUUGCACAAGUUACCAUUGGGGUGUUCUGCUGAAGCUGAUCUACCAUCAGUACCUUACAUGGCCUGUUGUAUAUUAGAAAACCUCUAUUUGCUGAUGGGAAGAGAACUGAAGGAUCUAGAAGAAGUGCCUUCAGGCAAUGUUCUAGGAAUAGGAGGCUUGCAUGAGUUUGUGCUGAAGUCAGCAACAUUAUCUACAUCACCAGCUUGCCCUCCAUUUACACCUCUCAAUUUUGAAGCUACACCAAUUGUCCGUGUUGCUAUUGAACCAAAACACCCAAGUGAGAUGCCUCAGUUGGUCAGAGGAAUGAAGCUUUUAAACCAAGCUGAUCCUUGUGUUCAAGUUUUAAUCCAGGAGACAGGAGAGCAUGUGCUAGUGACAGCAGGAGAAGUCCAUCUCCAGCGCUGCUUGGAUGACCUGAAAGAAAGGUUUGCAAAGAUUCAAAUUAGUGUGUCAGAACCAAUUAUCCCAUUUAGGGAGACUAUAACAAGACCUCCAAAAGUUGAUAUGGUGAAUGAAGAAAUAGGAAAGCAGCAGAAAGUUGCAGUGAUACACCAAACUAAAGAAGACCAAAAUAAAAUCCCUGAAGGAGUUCAGGUGGAUUCUGAUGGACUCAUAACAAUUUCUACACCAAAUAAAUAUGCAACUCUCAGUGUAAGAGCCAUGCCACUUCCAGAAGAGGCAACUCGGCUCCUUGAAGAAAAUAGUGACUUAAUUCGUACUAUGGACCAGUUCAAUGCAUCUUUGAAUGAGGAUAAAAAAACCCAUGAGAUAAAUCAAAAGACCCUUGACAAGAUACAGGAAUUUAAGCAAAAAAUGGAGCAAAAUCUUCAAGGAAGAAAGUGGAGAAAUGCUGUUGAUCAGAUUUGGUCAUUUGGUCCACGAAAGUGUGGGCCUAAUAUUUUGUUGCAUAGGUUUGAAGGCUACAAAAAAUCUGUAUGGCAGUGUCUUGAUAAGACUACUAAGGAGGUUAGUAAAUAUCGAGAUUUUGACAACAGCAUAGUAAGUGGGUUUCAGUUGGCUACACUUUCAGGUCCCAUGUGUGAAGAACCUCUCAUGGGUGUCUGUUUUAUAGUAGAAAAAUGGGACAUCAGUAAAGUUGAAGAGAUAAUGUCAACUAAAAGGCAACAGUCAGAGGAGUGUGAUGCUACAGAAUGGAAACAGGAUGAAGAUGAAGCCACCUGUCUAUCAAGAAGUCAUAUCACUGAAUGCUCCAGUGAAGAUAAAGAAUUCAAAGGUAGUAGUCAAGGUAGUCCAAAAUCAUCUGAGAAAUCAAGUAAACGCAAAGGGGAAGCUUUGCUUGCAGAUUGCUAUGGACCUUUCUCCGGACAACUGAUUGCCACCAUGAAAGAGGCUUGCCGUUAUGCGUUGCAAGCAAAACCACAGAGACUUAUGGCUGCCAUGUAUACAUGUGAAAUUAUGGCCACUGCAGAAGUACUGGGUCGUGUAUAUGCUGUCUUGUCCAAAAGAGAAGGCAGAGUGUUACAAGAAGAGAUGAAAGAGGGGACGGAUGUGUUUAUUAUUAAGGCGGUGCUGCCAGUAGCAGAAAGCUUUGGUUUUGCUGAUGAAAUCAGGAAGAGAACGAGUGGCCUGGCGAGUCCACAGCUGGUCUUCAGCCAUUGGGAGAUCAUUCCAAGUGAUCCGUUCUGGGUCCCAACCACGGAGGAGGAAUAUUUGCACUUUGGGGAGAAGGCAGAUUCUGAGAACCAGGCCCGCAAGUACAUGAAUGCAGUGAGAAAGCGGAAGGGACUUUAUGUAGAUGAGAAAAUUGUGGAGCAUGCUGAGAAGCAAAGAACUCUCAGUAGAAAUAAGUAAUGCUUCUGCUUUCGGUCCUACAAUAACCCAGCAAAGUGUGGGUGGAUGAUUUUCUAUACAGCAGAUUAUAAAUGUCAUCUCGGACUUGCCCUUUUACACAAGUCUUCUUACAUGCUGUAAUUUGUCUGCGGCUUCAGUUUUAAUAAACUUGAGCCUUUCCAACCUUUUA